UCUCUCUCUAUCUCUCUCUCGGUGGUGUUGCUGCCGGGCUGCUGCUGCUUUGCGCGCUGCGGGGCCACACUGCGACCGCACCGAGGAGGAAGAGGAAAGAGCCGCGUAACCGAAAGGGGGGCCAGGCUGAGCCAGAGCGGCGGAGAGGCACCAUUAAAUUAAAAUAAAUAAAAAAGAAGAAGAAGCAGCAGCAGCAGCAGCAGCAGUAGCAGCGGAGGGUCUGAACGCACCGGAUAAUAAAAACCAACCUCCUGUCGGCGGAGACGCGUCACCCCGCGCUGUUCCUCCCUCCAUCCCUCUGUCCGCGAACGGGAAGUGAAGCAGAGGUGCAAAACGAAGAGGAGGACGAACAGAAAAAAAAAACCUUGUUGGGGAAUCUCGGAGCGCAAAACGACGCCGGACACCUCCCCCCUCCCCCCCCGCAUCAGGGCCGAUUCUCCGUUUUCUAGAGGCCAGCUCGGCGCGGCGACACCAUGAAGGACCGUACGGCGGAACUGCGAAGCGCUAAGGACAGCGAUGAUGAUGAGGAAGUGGUGCAGGUCGACAGGGACCAUUUCAUGGAUGAGUUCUUCGAACAGGUGGAGGAGAUCAGAGGCUGUAUAGAAAAGCUGUCAGAGGAUGUGGAGCAGGUGAAGAAGCAGCACAGCGCCAUCCUGGCCGCCCCCAACCCUGACGAGAAGACCAAGCAGGAGCUGGAGGACCAAGCUGACAUCAAGAAGACAGAUAAAGUUCGCUCAAAAUUAAAAGCAAUCGAGCAGAGCAUCGAGCAGGAGGAGGGGCUCAACAGAUCAUCAGCUGACCUCAGGAUCCGCAAGACACAGCACUCGACGCUGUCUCGCAAGUUCGUGGAGGUGAUGACUGAGUACAACACCACGCAGUCCAAGUACCGCGACCGCUGCAAGGACCGCAUCCAGAGACAGCUGGAGAUCACUGGGAGGACCACCACCAAUGAAGAACUAGAGGACAUGUUGGAGAGUGGCAAGCUGGCCAUCUUCACGGAUGAUAUCAAAAUGGACUCUCAGAUGACCAAGCAGGCUCUGAAUGAGAUCGAGACCAGACACACCGAGAUCAUCAAGCUGGAAAACAGCAUCCGCGAGCUGCACGACAUGUUCGUCGACAUGGCCAUGCUGGUCGAGAGCCAGGGAGAGAUGAUUGACAGAAUUGAGUACAACGUUGAACACUCCGUUGACUACGUGGAGCGAGCCGUAUCCGACACCAAGAAGGCCGUCAAAUACCAGAGCCAGGCCCGCAAGAAGAAGAUCAUGAUCAUCAUCUGCUGUGUCAUCCUGGGCGUCGUCCUGGCGUCAACCAUCGGCGGCACGCUUGGCUUCUAAGACGCUCCGCCUCUUGCCGGUGUGACGACCGACACGACAGACCGUCUGACCGCCAGCAGAGAAGAGAAACACCGACGAUAACAACACAAAAACUUGAAACACAAAUGCAAGACAGAUAACCAAUCAGCUAGGGAGAGAUAACAAUCCAAUCACUGAUAAGAGGAAACACCAUGGGGUUGGGUGGGGUUCAAAAAACAAAGACAAAAAAAACACAAUAAAAAUGCCAUCACAUUAUAGCUGACCUAAAUACAUAACGCAUACAAAAGAGGGUGCAAAUAAACCUACUAUUUAUUACAGCUGUACAUGUAAAUGUAUUGAACAUAUGAAGCAACACGUGGGUUAGCUACCUGUAAAAAAUGAUGACCUAGAAUAUGACAUUUACUUGUUUUGCCUUUUUUUGUUCUUAUUUUUUUAAGUUUCUUUCUUUUUUCGGGAGUCUCCAAGGACAGUAAUGGUGACUUGCUUCUGGGUGUGAGUUCUCCGGGACGAGCAUUCAAGAACAUUUGUUUGUUCAUUUCCUAUCUGUAUUUCCAGCAGUGGUUUUGGAACAGAGUACGUUAUGAAAACGUCAACGAACACAUUCUUAAUAAAUGUGCUUGUGUUGCCCCACUGGAGGGCUUUCAACUCUGAAGGAGAUAAAUGUUAUCGGCUCCGUCAGAACUUUGUGGAGCUCUGGAACUCUGCGCUACAUUCUAGAACAAAAGGUUCCUGAACAGAUUAGUUUCCGAAUGCUGUCAGUAAUGCUGGAGUGUUAUGAAAACGCUGUCAGUAAUGCUGGAGCAUUUCGGAUCGCUUGAGUGUUCCAGAAUGCCGUCCCGAAAGACACGCAUCCGCUGGCUUUGGUAGAACCAACUAUGUCCCCUUGUUUCUGAGAGGGAGGGACCAACCUCACUCUUUAGACCACCUCUCAUUGGUUGCUCACUCCUGUCAUUCACCCUAGUCAGCCUAUUAUGAAAUUAGUUGAGACUGGCAUAGCCCGACCUGCCACACCCAAUUUAUAACACAUGAAGAAAAGAGCGUGACACACAAUGUGCGCCAGUGAGGGGUGUCAUUGCAAUGUGGCAGGUUUCCAAUACAAAAACCUCCCCGUCCUGUCACAUCUAUCCAACCAAAGAGCAGGGGGAGGGCGGGCCUCUGUUGUUUUGCUGAAUUUGACUAGAACAUUUGUUGUUUGACUGACAGGUGAACGGUGGGAAGGACGGGGGUGUAAUAGAAGGAAGGCUUGAAGGAGGGUGGGAGGAGACGGACGGUCAAUCUAUGCAGUUUAGAUAAGAGGAAGACGACAUGUCCCGCCUCCCCCACCCAAGAUAGCCAAUAAGGAUCGAGGUUCACGUUACCGCACCAAAAGGCUCAUCACACUGAUCACUGUAGAAAUAUCGCAGUCAAAGCCAGUGUCAUCUCCAAGCUGUCACAACUGUUCUUCCGGAUGAUUCUAAAAAAUGAAGAGAACACAUUAAAAAGUAAAGAAGAAAAAUGAAAUAAAACGUAACAUUAUGAAACAAAUGAGAUGAACAUUUCGGAAAACUCUAAAAAUGCUGGCGUGCCCUGGUUACCUGAGUGUCGUGGUAUUAUUGUUGCGUUUUUGUUUUAUUCAUGGGGAACGUUUGUUGCUUCGUUGUGCUGCUGUUUUAGUGCGUGCGUGACGUGUCCCGUGACGUAUCGGCCUGACAUCAUUUAGCGGUUACUGUUUAGUCUGUAUGGUUUGAUGCAUUCACCUGUUUCCUCCCUGCAUCCCUACACCUCAUGCCUGAGUGUGUGUUUGAGGUUUGUGAAAUGUGAUUCACAACAUUUUAAUGCCUGAGUUGCACCGGUGCUACUAAACAGGAGAGGCUUUUCCUACUGGGGAAUUUCCUCUGUGGAAGGUGGAACAUGUGACACACAAACACACAAACUCACUUGCAUGAACACCUCUGAUGUAUACAUUUUACACACAGGACACACUGGAUAUACUCCCCCUAACAUUUCACAUUUCCGUGUUACAUAUCAUGCCAGUGCUAGUGUUAGACUUUGUCACUUAGCAUGCAAUAGUGUUAGCUCGUGUUACGUAUAGAUCAUGUAGAGCUGCUAGUUGGAGUUUUUUUUUUAAGACACUUUCCGUGUGUUCAGACCAGUGUUGGGGAAAGAAUGGGACCUAAGAAAUAAUACGGGAAGUUGAUUCUUGAUCUUGGAAAUAGUAGUUUGACAAAAUAAUCUCAACACGCUUACUAACUUUUUAACUAGCUAACUAAUUUUGCAAAGAUAAUCAAUCUGCCGAUGAUUGUAGAAUGCUAGUUAGAUUAUUUGGUCAAACUAGUUUAAUUUUAAGUAGAGCAUUUUGCUUUCCAUUGGCUCCUUCACUAAGGUGUAGCAAUAUACAGAAAUUAAAUUAUUUAAAUUAUAUUUACAGUAGCGUUAGCAAUAGCUGUUAGCAGCACGUCUGCUGGAGAAGACAACCUCGACACUGCUCUAGAUUGGGACAACAUGCAUUUGUAGUUUUGUACAAGCAUGUUUUUGUUUCUUAAGUGUGGUCUGUGUUGAGAAGUGAAUGUGUGUGUUGCCCUAACCUGGACACACGGUUGUGUUGAAAAUGACUGGAGGAGGUGGUUUAAAGGAGGAAGGUUUGUCUGAGUGAAGGCUCUGCGAUACGUAGGUACCUUCGUCUCUGUUGAGGCUUACCCUGGAUGUUCCAAGGAAGAAAAUAAGUUCCAAAGGUCCUAUGGCCCCCAGCUCAAUUUAAGAUAUUGUUACCUCCACAGUGGCUGAAUGAAAUGUUACCUAUCCAUCCAUCUCUCUUCAAUCUUUUGAAUGUUGAACUGCGACGAUAGCCCUUACCGAUCCCUUACAAUGUUAGUUUAUAUCAAGAACAUAGGGCCAUGGGAACGUAGGUGUGACCCAAACAGGGUAACAAAUACCACCUUACAUUCCACAAAAUAAGUCUACACUCAGUGUCAAAGCAAUAAAGUCAGUUUGUAGAAAUUAACAUUUAUAUUACAGAAAAAGUGGUAACUAGCUAGCUAGCUUUGUGUGUCUUGAUUGUCACCCCAAUGUCGAGGUUUACAGUUGCAAAGUGUUGUUACGUUUGGUAAAAGUCCUUUCAAGGAAUCAAAGGAUAAUAUCUGGUUCUAUUGAUUGAAAACAAAUACCUUUGCAACUCUCUUGCUCUGGAAAUCUUCGCUAUGACAGGAAGUGUGCGUUGUUUAUCACGUUAGCCUCUUUGUCCCAGCUAACAGUACUUCUUGCUGCCAAAGGCAAAGUGUAGACACUAAGGAAGUUCUCACUGCUUUGUUGAAUAUAUCGUGUGUUUUCUUGGAAGUCAUAAAAGUUAAUAGCGCUGUUAGUUCUAGAUGUCUGAGAUACUGUAUUACUAGUCGCUAGUUUUAAAUGAAGAGCGAGGUUUGGAGAAGAGUGGAAGUGGGAGUUUUCAUUUUAUUCUUCCCAAAACCAAAACUUCUUUGUGCACCAAAGCUUAGAAAUCACCCCUCCAAGCAGCAAAAUCCAAUAGAUGUUGGUUCCAAUAAAUUGUCAGUAGAUUUAGAAUUUAGCACUUUUCUCUGCUGUUUUGUUGUUGAAACAUUCAUGGCAUUGUCUUUAUAAGUGUUUUUUAGACUGUAGAGCAGACACUGUCCAUACAUGGAUAUCAAAUAAUGUGUGUAAAUCAAACACAAGUAUGAUUGGUGUCUUUGGAUUUUUUUAGUGGUUCAUCUUGGAAAUGUCAGGCAUGUAUUGAGGGAUUUGAUUGACAUUUCACCAUUCUUCGUUAAAUCAUCAUGUCAGCUGCACAAUAUUAGAUUCAAUCACGUGUUCUCAAUGGUCGACGUCACGGUCGUCGUGUUAGUCUUGCAAUGGUUUGGCGGUGGAUAUAAAAUCAGCAAAAAAAGGAUGCCGUCGUAGCACCAGCCAGCUUGAUGACACUAAAGUGUAUUUGCCGUAUGUGUGUAUGGGCGUGUCUUUUGGUUGUGUGUGUGUUUUCUGUAAAGUCAGCCGCCAUUCCUCUUGGGAAAGAGAAAACGGACAAACAUCGGAAAACCAUAAUUAAACAACUCUGUGAAGGUUAGGUAGUUUGUCCGAGUUUUCAUCCCCCAACCUGUCCUUUUGUCUUCCCUCUUCCUGUUUGUGUUGUAGCUGUUUGGUUGUACUAAAAGACAAUGUUGAGGAUUGGGAGUCUGCGCCUUCCCCGCCCCAGCAGACCCUGCCCAACCCGUUGUGUGUAAUAAUGAUGAUAAUAAUAAUAAUAAUAAUAAUAAUUAAAAAAAAGGCAUGCAAAAGCGUUGUGGAGUUUGCAUGAUGGUGUUUUUUGUACCCCACCCCCAACCUGCCCUCCAUGUCGUGCACUUUACCGCUCAUGGACCUGACUUUGGUUAGCUUGUGAGCUAACUAUUUUACUUGCUCCUUCUUAAUCUGCAUUCUCAAUUUUCUUUUCAAUCUAAACUCACGUGUGCUCUGUUUGUAACAUUGUUGGAACAGUAACUGUAUUUUUAGGGUGUUUAAGAAGCAGUUGAUAUUUAAAUGUGAAAGGCUCCAUUUUCAAAUACCCUCGACUUCAGCCAUCCUGCUCCCCACCACAUCAACCGCCAACCCACCUUACACACCUCAACUGAUCUGUGUUUGCAUUUGUGUUGUUUUUUUGUGGAGGAAUCGUCCCCUCAACUAUUUAUUAUUGUAAAAAACCUUUGCCUAUGGGCUGACCUCCUGCUGCCCCUCCACCUGGCCUUGUGUGUGUGCAGCAUGCCUCCCUUUUCAGUAAAACAAGUUUGGUGCUUAAAUGCGCGAAUGUGUGUGUGUGUUUGUGAUUGUUCGGAGCAGCACGAGUUUGUUUUGUUGUGCGAAGCAUCUGAUCGCAGGUCCACGGGUUGAAGCUGUUUGAUGAAAUCCACAUUGCGUGUUUUAAAAAAUUGUGACAGAUGGGAAGAGAUCAGACAUAUGUAUGGACGUCAUGAUCACUGUUAUUAUUAUGUAUUUGUUCAAAUUCAAACCAAAGCGUUUUUUGCCCUCCCCUCAUGUGUUCUCAAACGGUUCGCCGCUAAUAUCAAAGAGCACAACACGAGUCAAGUUUACACAGAGUCGUUCGUCACAAAUGGUGAUAAAAUUCAUUUAAACCGAAACUAUACAAAUAUAAAAGCCCAGCCACCCAGCCACUACCAGCCCUCACUGUAUGUUGGUCUGUCAACCAUUACAUUGACAAAAUAGUAAUCUCACGCCACAACAAUGAUGUCUGCCUCCACACCCCUUUCCCUUUCUCCUUCACCUGUAGACGUUAGUUUGUGUAAAAACAAUGACCCAUACUCAUCUGUUAAAACGUUAGCAUAACUUCUCCUCCACUUUGAGGCAUUUACGGAGACAAUGGUGGUGCUUUCUUAUUCUACUUAUUGAUUGCUGUAGUUCUUGUUAUUUUGGUGUUAUUUUCUGUAUAGCUUGUUUAUCAGUCUCUGUGUGCACACUGCAGGAUCAAUGCUUCCCUGCAAGGUUUUGCUGGCUAGUUAAAUGGCUUAACUAGUCAAUAAUUUCCACAAAAAUAACAAUGAAGCAGUGCUAGUUAACAAUGCUACUCGAUUUCUUUCUGCUGCAGGAUUCAUUACCUCUACUGCACUUUGAUGUAAAAGUUAAUAUAGUUGGUUUAAGAGGUGUUUUGUCUUACAACAACCUGGACAGCAUUCUUAAUCUUAUGGACUGCUCAUUGACCCCCAAACUGGGGUCAAUGAGCACAACACUGGUCCUAUUUCUUUGCAGGGAUUUAGAAACUAGGCUAGCAGAUUUCCACCAGCUAUCGUUGGCAAAUAAUGUUGCAUAAAUGAAAUAGUUUCUCUUACACUAAUGUGCAUAUCCGCUUCCAAAUUAUUGUGCAUGUGCACUAGAGAUAAUGGAUGUUUUACUGUGACUAGUAAACCCUUCAGUGAGCAUUUUCCUGUGUGUGACAGAGGACUGCAGCAUUGUCAUCUGUAGUCACAUGUAGACAAGAAAAUAUAUAUGAAUCUUACAUCAACAUACUGCAUUUCUAUUACUGUGUGUAUGUGGCUCUGUAGCCAUAUUCACUUCUCCUGGCUGUGUACAGUUUCUGUCAGGGUGGGGUGCAGAAAGCAGGAAAAAAUCAUCUAGAGAGAGUUUGGGUGCGACACAAGGACUCCAAAGAUUGAUUAGCCGGUAGCCACAUUAGAUCGUGUGUGGAAGUAAAUGGGCAUUUUGUCAAACACACAUAUUGAACAAUGACUUCCUUUCGUUUGAGGUCGAAUGUGUGCGGGCUAAAUGCGGCUAUUUCUGAAAAAUUAACUUUCUUCAGUUUGAAUCUGCCCAACGUGUGCAGAGGCGUGUCUGUCUUCCAAGUUUGUUAUCAACAGACACCGACGAUUCAAGUUAAUGGUGCGUUUUCUUUUUGUUCCUCAAUUGUCGGACGAUUAAACUCUUCUCUACGAUGAUUUUUGUCUUCCUGAAACAUUUUCAAAAACCAAAACCUGUUCCUAGUGCCCUGCUCUGGAGGAUAAAAUGUUUAUUUGUUGUCAGCUGUGAUAUUAAUUGUUGUUUCUGAUGAUUUUCUUUUGACGCUGCACCCAUAUGUCUUUCUAUUCUCCAUCGUACAAGACAGUAUUUCCUUUGGAAUCAGUGUUUUUGGGGAGGGAGGAGUCAGGGGGGGGGGACAUGAAGAUAGACCCACAUGGUCUCUGCCAUAGCAAGUAAGAAAGACACUUAAAUAAACAUUGUUAUUAUCAUUAUCAUUCUUAAUAUUAUUAUUAUGAUUAUUACCAUAAAUGACAAAUUAAUUGCAGUAAAACAUUUGCAAAAACCCAGAGGGAGAACGAACGGCUUCACACAAAGUGAUCAAACAUCUAAACUUUUAAAAAGGGAGGUUAUGACGAUUCUAUAAUAGCAAUGAUUUAAAAAAGUACAAAAGGAGUUAUGUUAUCAUAAAUAAUAAGUAGUAAUAUUGAAUAUUGAAUGCUCGCAAUUUUGUCAAACUGAAACUGGAUUCUUUGUGUUAUGUAAUUAUUGUAAAUAACUUCAAAGAGAGAAAAAAUGACUUGCAUGUCUAUGUAUAAAUCUACUGAGAUAUCUAUUCCCGUCAAAGUUGACACGCAGUUCGAUCUCUGUCCUUUUUGCCAUUUUUGUUCUCCCCCACCCUAAAAGUAUUUCCCGCCUUCACUUCCGUGUCCCCCACCUCCGCAGCCCUUCGAUUUUUUCCACGUGGGAGAGACGCCAGCAGAGAGACAGAAAAACAUAUCUUCCAGCGUGUUCGUCCGCCAUGCUCAGCUCACAUGCUGCGUUUAGGCCCAACCGCGGAAGAAAAUACGUACAAUCGUGUUUUUCCAUCGAGAGGCACUGUCACAGUCUUUUUUUAAAGAGCCCUUUAGUUCCGUCUAGAAAAAAAAGGGCAGAAUAUAUUUAGACGGAAAUGAAGAGAACUUGUUUAUCCGCGGGAAUUUUGGGCUUGAACGCAGCCACCACCACACCACCGCUCAUCACCACAGCUCCGGAGGAUCCACCCACUGGCUCCUCUGAUGAAAGUGCUUCCCUCCAUUAUAGGAAAAAUUAACCCCGCGGCCCCUGAUCACUUAGCGGGUUCUGAUCUCUUUCUUUCUCUCUCUCUGUCUGACUUUUAGUCUCUCGAACACAGCUAGCUAGCCAAACGACAAAUCUCAUUGCCUGCCGUGUUCCCCAGAGAAAAAAAUGCACCAGACUUGUCCCCUGCCAGUUAGUAGCCGAAUCCGGAGAAAUACUACACGUCAGACUAUGAUUAGUGUAAGCAGCUCCAAGGUAGCGGCUAAUUUGUUUAUAUGGAUGCCAUGUUGCUUAUACCCAUCGAACAAGCCCACUAUUUCAAAUUCUGCAGGAAGUCGCUUUUAAAAGAUCUUUGUCGUAACACUUUCAUGCUAACAGCAACAAGUGCAACAACAAUGGAAACACCUGAGUUGCAGUUGAGAAGCGUUUUAAUGCUAACAUCUCAGUUUCAUUGGAAGUCAAUGGGCGGAGAUCAUUGGCCUUAAAGUGCUUUUGGGAAAGGUCUUAAAACCACAUCACGUGUUACUCUUCAAACCACCCCAGUCUUCUGUCGUUGCUCCAUCAUUUAGUUCUCACCCAGUUCCUGGAGGAGGUCUGAGCUUCUGUUUCUCAAAGGCGUCAAAGUGCAAACAGGAAAUUGGAUUAAAGCUACAUUUGCGUUCGUGAAAAGAAAAUGAUCUUCUGGUUUUUUACCUUUCAGGUUUCAGAAUGUAGUUCAGACCAGAGUCACGCCUUCGAUGUGUUUGAGGAACACGGUGCUCGAGUCGCCUCCUGACUUUCGGGCCCUGGUCUCUAGCCUCACACAGGCCUACCGUAACAAAGCGUGCAAUAUUCAGAGAAACAAAAAGGGCUUUCUUUAUCAUGCAGAGGCGUUCAAGGCCCUGGACCUCGUGCAGGAACUCGAUUUAGAAAACAAAAUCCAGUUUAAGACCUCCUGGAGCAACAACAAAGAAAUGAAAUGAAAAACCCAGCAGAUGCAUGGAUAAUAAAGAAAGAGGGGGGGAAAUGGCAGGCAAGAGACGGCAAAAAAUAUUUCCAAAAUUUAAAAAAACUAAAAAAGAGGGCAGGGCCAUCGCUCUGCAGACGCAACUUUGACCGGAAAUGCAACUUGUGUCCCGUUUUUUUUGUGUGUGUAUGUGUGCGUAGCGUAAUGUAAAGCGAUCUGUCCCCCCCUCCCCUCCCUCCCCCCUCUAAAAAAUACCCCCCCCCCUGCAGCCCUGUCUCCCCCUCCUCCCCUUCUCUCGUACUGCUGUUGGCUGUUCUGUUUAGUUCAUGUGACGUGCCAGUAUUCCCCCCCUACUUUACCACUCUCCCAAUCUCUCUCCCCCCUUCUCUCUCUCUCUCUCUCUCUCUCUCUCUCUCUCUCUCUCUCUCUCUCUCUCUCUCUCUCUCUCUGAACCCCCCCUCUCUCUCUCUUCAUGGAUCUUUAAGAUGACAACUCUAUGCAGAUGCUGUCUUUUAUAAGUGUGUCAACAUUUUAAUUUAAAAUAAAAACUUGAAAAAAAAAAAA